AAAAUACAAAGGAUCUGAACAGAGCUGGAUAUUGAACGAGAAACAAGGGAAAAUAUGAACUGGAAAUUUAUUCUCUGCUGGAUGCUCAGCCACUCUUUCGUCAUUGCGAUGGAGGCCAACUGUCUGCGGGGCACUCGCCACAUGUGGCAGCCAAAGCCAACGCCCACCGGCGGUCACGGUGCACCCAGCUGCAACCGUCCGCCGUCAUUAUUGCUACCCGGCAAUGCAACAGAAACGGCAGAACCCGUAACGCCACCAGCAACGCCAACAAUGGAUAUCCUUGCCAGGAAGGAUGCUGGUUCUGAGGCUGCCCACCCUGCGGUCUUGUUGGCCAACUACGUCUAUCAGUGUGCCACCAGGCGGCCCACCAUUACCAGUAGCAGCACUUGCAACAAGCAGCCAGAUUUGAAUUGAGUCUUGAAUUGGUAGCUGCAUCAGCCAAGGUCUCUACCUCUGGACCUGGUUCUGUUUCUGGCAGCCAGUAAGCUGGAAAUGACUAGGCCAAUCAAAUGCAUCUUGUGUAGGGCUAGCUGCUAUGCCGCGUGA